UUGUUUGGGUUUCGAAGUGAACCACGGGUGUCCUGGCGCCCUGAAGUCUAUCGACUGUGGAAGGGGCCGGCCAGGCGAUUCCCCCUCUAUUCGAGUUCUUCUCUGAAAUUCGGGAGUCAGUGAACUGCCUGAGGCAUUACUCUUAGUCUUCUCACUUCAGACGGACGCUCGGGCAGAUCUAGUGAAAACUUAUUUAAAAUUUCUAUCACUCUUUUUUUUCUCGUUAUAAAGUGUUCUCGUUUGGUUUUUCUUCACAUUUUUUAUAUUUAGUUCGCGUUUCCUUCUUUGUACACGGGGCUGUCCCCCCUCUCAGACAACCCUCUGGGUUGUCCAGCAUGGUGUGUCGUUAGUUUAACUUUUUUUUUCAUUUUGUCCGUUCAUUUUUCAGUUUUUCUAAAUUAAUUCAUUAAACUCUAACAGAAUUUUGGUGCAUCGGCCGGGAAUUUGCCUCUAUUCCCCCGUUAGUCUUGGACUAGAGAGCAAAUUAAUAAGGGCAAAAGCAAAAAAGGGUAUCUUAUUAAUUUGCUAUCGUGAGGUCGAAGGAUAAGGGCAAAAGCAAAAAAGGGUAUCUUAUCCUUCGCCGAACGAGAAGGAACACACGAGGGGGAUAGGGGCAAAGGCAAAAAGGAUACCCUAUCUUUUCCUGAAAACAUCCUCACCGUUGUCUCGCAACAAGAUGGCUCCAACCUUGAAAAAACUAUUGUCGCAACAGGCCACUCGCCUCGACACAAUAAAAAGAACUAUCACACGUAGAAAACAGGCAUCGAAGGAAGGAACCCUAUCCAUUCCUCUUCUUAAGUCUAGGUUGAACCAGUUAGAAAUGUACUGGAACGAGGCCCGAGAAGCUCACCUAGACAUCGUGAGUACUGCGGACUCUGAAAAAGAGCCCUAUGUUACUGAACAACAAUUUGAAAACAUGGAGGUCGAAUAUGAAGCCGAAACCGAUGAUUUAGCUUCACUACUACACGACUCAACAACAUCCACUCAACAUAACGACCCCUCCAAUCUACAUACAGGCGGACCAAUUUCAAGCAAGUCGCGCCUGCCGAAGUCUACAUUACCGCAAUUCUCUGGGAAGUACGAAGAUUGGGGAAACUUUUCAGAUUUAUUCCUCUCCAUGAUAGAUGAGGACAAAACGCUGCCUAAUGUCGUAAAACUGCAAUACUUGAAGCAAUGUUUAACCGAUGAGGCUGCCGACUUUGUGAAGGACAUCAAAGUAGAGGAAGUAAAUUACAAGCCCACAUGGGAGGCAUUAAGGGGCAGAUACUGCAACGUACGCCUGCUCAUACAUACUCACUUCAACACCCUUUACAAUCUACCCAAACUACAAAGCGAAUCGGUAGCAGACCUCAAAAUACUCAUCGACAAAACUAGACAAGCUGUCCGCUCUCUGAAAAACAUCGGAAGAGAAAUCAUCGGUGAUUGGCUGGUUUACCACACGAGCGAACGGCUGGAUCCAGAGUCGCGCCUUCAAUGGGAAAACUACCUCAGCACCCGGAGUUCGAAACCCCCCAAUUCGGAAGGCAACGACACGGAACCCGAUGAUUAUCCCACAUUCCAAGCUUUGGCAAAAUUUAUCGACGAUCGAAUAAUCACCCUAAACAUGACAGACUCGCAUCGCUCAACGACAACCACCAACUCGCUCGCAUCAAGUUCAAAAAAACAAGGACAGAAAAACAUCAAGAGGUCUUUUCACAACUCAGAAAAGAGCGGACCUUCAAACCGGAAAUGUCCAAAGUGUUCCGAAGAACACUACAUAGGUCGCUGCCCGACCUUUAAACAACUUAGCACAUUGGAGCGCCUUAACGAAGCACGACGAAUGAAACUCUGUUUUAAUUGUCUAGGCCUUCACCAAAUCAAGGACUGCACUUCCAAGGGACGCUGCUUCGAAUGUCAUAAGCAACAUCACAGCCUUCUGCACAGGCCAUCUAGAGACGAAAAAUCCGAGCACGAAAAGAAGGCAAAAGGCCCUCACCAGACACAAAGUCCACCGACUAGUGCAGCAUUCUCCGUCCGUACGAAUACAACGUCCAUCAGCAGAUCCAAACGGACAAUUCUUCUGGCAACAGCCUGCGCUGUUCUUGAGGGACCAAAAGGCAAAAUCAAGGCCCGUGCCAUGCUGGAUCAAGGAUCCGAGGUAUCCUUCAUUUCACAGGAUGUCGUAAGGCAAUUGGGACUAUCAUGCUACCCCGCAAAUGUCACUAUCCUGGGAUUGGGAAACCACAAAGUGGGGGAGGCAAAAACAGUUGCCACGAUGACCCUAAGGUCCGUGCACUAACCCGA